CCAGGCUACGGAAGCCGCCUGAGGACAGACAGCAGCGGUCGCGAAGAGCGCUCCACAGCAAGCUGCAGCGGGCAGCCGGCGUCUCUCGCAGAUAUGGAUGUUCCCGAGGGUCCCCUCCCUGACCACUUCCAUGCGGAAAACGCAGAUGUGAUUACGGAGAGGGCAGAAGGUGAAACACCUCUUACUUCAUCCAGUGAAACUGCGGAACCAAUACUGGAGAACUUAGCCAAUCUUCUGCCUACAGAAGAAGACGUGCGACCUCCAUUAGAAGAGACUACUGCAACCUCUCUCCCAUCAAAUAAAGUCCUGGAAGAUUCCUCCUCUUCUCCGGAGGAUGAUCCGGUAUCACAGCCUCACCCACCGGAAGCUGGCGCAGUUGUCUUCCCUAAAGAAGACUCUUUAGUCUCUGAGAAAGAGGAUGUAGCUUCUCCUGUGAUAAAGGCAGGAGAGAUACUUCCAGAAGAAACAUCACCGCCACCAUCAGAGAUCGCUCCCAGCACGAAGUCGUAUGAAGAAGACACCACAAAGCUAGUGCCCCAGCAAGAUGCCGCCUCUCCUACCUUCCCUCAGGAGGAUACAAAGACAGAACCUGGGCAGAGAGGACACAACCAUGAGCUGGACCCAGCAGCGGUUGGUCUGGUACAUGGACAUGAUGAAGCUUGUCUUUCUGCUGAACCAGAUGCAUCCACUGAGCUAACCCGUGAUGGAGAAAGCAGUAAUGCACAACUUACAGAGGUUCUGUCGGUAGAGGACACCACACCGCCGAGCGUUACUGAGUCUGCUGCUCAAGACGGAACCGAGCUGGCCAUGGGGUCUCCUAAGGAAGACAGAGGUGGAAACAUCACUGAGUCUUUGAAAGCCACUACCACACCACCACCCACAGCGGCAGCAGCUUCUCAAGGGGCCUCAAGCCCUCUGGAGCCCCCUGCGCAGGGGAUGGGCAGCGAUAAAGUGCUAAUCACCGAGCUGAUUCACCAGGCUGGCGCCACACCACCUGCCACGCCCGUGUAUGAGGACCCGUACGAGCGCUCGCUGAAGUACAUGGAAAAGCACAACAUCCUGGAGAUAUUCCAGGAGAUUACAGCAAAGCUGGUGUACGAGAAGCCAGCGGAACCCCUUGAAUUUAUGCUGGAGAAGGUCCAGUCCAUGAUCAACGGCAAGAAGGAGGAGUGAUGUUGCCGCGGAGUCUCGCUGUCUCCAAGGGUCGAUCGUGUAACAAUUCAUCUGUUAUUGGAUAGCGCUGCUGCUGAUUCCACACUGGUGUUUAUUGAUGGGUGUCGCAAGUGUGAUGCUAUAAUACAAGAAUUCAUUUCAGUAUCUUAAAACUUAAUGCAAGGUUUACUGACCCUACAACAAAACCCGCUUCACUGAGACAAAAUGCUCCUCAUCCAGCCUUAACCAUCAUCGUGUUGCAAUAACCUGGAAUAAAUGACUUCAUUAAAGUGGAUCUGGCACCUACACAGAGUGGAAGCAGGAAUAUUCAGGGCCAGAUUAGUAUAUCGUAGAAUGUUGCGUAUGAUGUCACUAGGAAACAAUACUCCAGACUCAUGAGUUUAAAUCAGGCCUCAUGAAUAUAAAACAGGCCUCAUGAAUAAUAGUCAUACCUCAUGAAUAUAAGUCAGGCCUCAUGAAUAAUAGUCAUACCUCAUGAAUAAUAGUCAGGCCUCAUGAAUAAUAGUCAGGCCUCAUGAAUAAUAGUCAGGCCUCAUGAAUAAUAGUCAUGCCUCAUGAAUAUAAGUCAGGCCUCAUGAAUAAUAGUCAGGCCUCAUGAAUAAUAGUCAUGCCUCAUGAAUAUAAGUCAGGCCUCAUGAAUAAUAGUCAUACCUCAAGAAUAUAAGUCAGGCCUCAUGAAUAAUAGUCAUACCUCAUGAAUAAUAGUCCGGCCUCAUGAAUAUAAGUCAGGCGCCAUGAAUUAGCCUGGGGUGAAUGUAAAUCAGUGCCUCAGUGAGAUCAGUUUCUUGCAGAUGGAUAUAUUGCAUGCUCACAGUCCUAGUAAAAUGGCUGCCCCCGUUGUGUGUAUUUGAUGGUUCCACUUUAAUAGCCAGUGCGCAUUACACUAUUGCAGCCCGUCCGGUAACAGCUGUAAUCCGUCUACUGCAUAUUAUACUAUGAAUAAUCUAAUAUUCGCAGCUGUACCAAACUCUGGUCCCUCUUGAUGUUUUGGAAACUUUUGGUCACAUGAUACCAGCAUUACCUGAUAAAAUCAGGAUGUUUUAGGCCUCUCUGAACAUGACCUCUGACCUCAGGCCAUGCUUCCGUUACACUGGGAAAAAAACUGGGCUUCCUGCAGUAAUCCCAAUUUUUGCCCAGGUAUUUUGACUCCAAUAAGAUCGGAACAGAACAUUGGCGGGGCUUAAUUGUCCCCAUUUAAGUUUUUUAAAUGCUGAGCGAUAUGGGACAUGACGGAAAGCAGGCUUUAACAACCUGCAACUCUCCUCCUGCUGUGGGACUAGAAGUGUCAGCAUUACCCGCCAUCCGGAGGAGUGCAUGUUACUGGAUUGCGUGUUUCGGCUGUAGUUUCCCCUGCAUGGGCCUGGAAGAGAGAGGCUGUCUCCAUGCAGCACCUGCAGAGCUUCUGCUACCUCUGUAAUCAUGUAUAAUGUAUACUGAUUUCUCCUCACACCAUGUACCCUCGUACAGCGUGUUUAAUCAUGUAAUCAUGUGUUGCGCUAAUUGUCUUCUGGAUCAGCUUGCUAUGCAAACGAGGCUUCUGAUUGUGCGGGGUCUGGAUUGGCAGCUUAUUAGCACACAGAUAUAGGUAGUAGGACGCGGCAAGGAGAGCGAUCGCAGAGGUAUAACUGCGCAGCUCAUUACUGUGCCGGGAUGUCAUCAUCUCAGUGCACAAGAUACAGACACAUACAACUAUUAUUUACCUUCAAUAAACCUGUUAUUUACAAUGCUGAUAAACAAUAAAGUCUAAUUUAAUUAAA